AUGUCUCUGCAAGCAUUUAGCUCAACCGUGAACACCGUAUUCAAACGGUUUGGAACGACAAUAGUCAAAACAAUCAUGAUUUAUUCGAUUGCAUUAUUCUUCGUUGAAUUACCAACAUUUUGGCAUCUAAUGAUUAGAAUCGGAAAAAGUAGUCAAAGAUUUAAGAAACAACAUAGAUUACGCGCAAAAAUAAUCGAUCCUUCGGACUCUUCAGCGCCCUAUCGUGCUAUUGAGGUAUUAGAUGGUCUUCGUACGACACCACACGAUCGUGUGAAUACUCUGGCGGAUAUUCCUGACCAUGCACUGGAAAAUUUCCCUGAUAAGGAAACGCAAGGUGUUCGCGAGAUUCUCGCUGUUGAAGAUGAGAAACAACCGAAUGGCAAAAUAUUUAAAAAGUUCAUCUUGGGUAAUUACAAAUUUACUACCUAUCGUGAAACAUGCGAUCGAAUCGAGGCAAUCGGCCGCGGUUUGAUCUCUCUCGGUGCUAAAGCAGGUGACAAAGUAUUAAUCUACUCUGAAACACGUCCCGAAUGGUUGUUGUCCGCAUUUGGUGCUUUUCGUCAUGGGAUGACUGUUGUGACACUCUAUUCAACAUUGGGUGACGAGGCUGUUAAACACGGAAUUAAUGAAUCCGGAGUGGAGAUUAUCAUCACAUCUUCGGAACUGUUGUCGAAAUUAGAUAAAACGUUAGAUCAUACACCGAAAGUUCGUCACGUGAUCUAUUUUUCUCCACUUGUGAAAUCGCAAAUGGUCAAUAUACCUAAAGAGAAGAACAACAAACGAUUUUUACCUUUACAUCAACUAGAAGAUCAAGGGAAAAACGCACCAAUUCCGGAAGAAAUUCUACAGAAGCGACCAGCCAAAACGGAUAUUGCUGUUAUUAUGUAUACAAGUGGUAGUACUGGGACACCGAAAGGUGUAUUGAUCACACAUGAAAAUAUCAUAGCAGCAAUGACUGGUCAAAAGGAGCGUGUUUUUUCGAUGGUUGAUGUUGAAAAUGAUAUUUAUAUUGCUUAUCUUCCAUUGGCACAUAUUCUUGAACUCUGCUGCGAAAUUCUUAUUUAUUAUAUGGGUGUUAAAAUGGGUUAUUCAUCUCCACAAACAUUAACAGAUCAAUCGACUGCAAUUAAACGUGGACACAAAGGAGAUUUACAAGUUCUACGGCCGAACAUUAUGUGUUGUGUACCGACGAUUUUGGAUCGAAUUUACAGAACUGUACUGGAAAAAGUCAAUCAGUCUAAUGUCUUUCGACGUUAUCUGUUUCAAUUGGCGUACAAAAUCAAAGUCAAGCGUUUAGAAGAAGGUCUCGACAGUUCAUACUUGGACAAAUUGAUCUUUGCUCGUUUAAAUCAAAUGAUCUUAGGCGGCCGAGUCAAGACUAUGAUGUGUGGCGGUGCUGUGCUCAGCGGUGAAACUCAACGUUUUGUUCAAGCGGCGCUCUGUGUGACACUUUUUCAAGGUUACGGACUGACAGAAACAUGUGCAGCAGCAACGAUUGCUGAUCAAUAUGAUACAACAGUCGGUCGCGCAGGGUAUCCACUAGUCUCGUGUGAAAUUCGGUUGGCGAAUUGGGAGGAAGGACAAUAUAAAAAUACGGAUAAGCCACAUCCACGAGGUGAAAUCCUAAUUGGCGGAAAAGUUGUUGCACAAGGAUACUAUGCUGGCGCCUCAACGGAAAAUGUGAAUUUCACGGAAAUCGAUGGAACGAGAUAUUUUUGUACUGGUGACAUUGGAGAAAUGUUUCCUGACGGUACAUUAAAGAUCAUCGAUCGAAAGAAAGACCUAGUGAAACUACGUUCUGGCGAAUAUGUUUCUUUGUCCAAAGUUGAAAUGGCUAUCAGUAAAUUUCCCAUUGUUGAAAAUUGUUGUCUAUGUGCAACAGCAUCAGCAGAAUACACAGUUGUUUUAAUUUCACCGAAUUCGAACCAACUGAGCAGUUAUACAGAGAAAUAUUUUGGUAUAAGCGAAUGGCAGAGACUAGUUGAUAACGAUGACUUUAAUGAACAAAUUCUCAAAGAUGUUCAAGAUGCCUGUCGAAAAGGUGGCAUCGAACGAUUUGAAACUCCUCAACGUGUUAAAAUAGUACUCGAAGCUUGGACUCCCGAAACAGGCUUGGUCACCGAUGCGCUCAAAUUGAAACGUAAAGCCAUUGAUCAAAAGUACAAUUCUACCAUCGAUGCACUUUAUGUCGAUAAAUCGAACCCAGAGUAA